CAUGACGUCCCCUGUGCAGCGGCAGCCGCGUUGUUUACGCUCCUGAUGCAUUUGUGAACGGACGCCGUGUUGGACCGCUGGACAGGAGGCAAACCAGCACAGGUUGUUCCAGAGGUUGCCAGAAAGGGACAAGGGCCUGUAGCGUCCACAGUCGGUCCUCAGUUCCCGCCGGUUCAGCCCUGAGACGACGGCACCAUGACCGACCAGGAAGAAUCCAAGAAGAUGAACGGCAGUGCUGGCCACUCUUCCCAUCUUCUGGAACCGCCCAAAGAGAGCAUGCAGCUUAAGAAGGAGAUCUCGCUGCUCAACGGAGUCAGCCUGAUCGUAGGGAACAUGAUCGGCUCCGGCAUCUUCGUCUCCCCCAAGGGCGUGCUGAUCUACAGCGCCUCUUACGGCCUGUCGCUAGUCAUCUGGGUCAUUGGGGGCCUGUUCUCCGUGGUGGGGGCCCUCUGCUACGCCGAGCUGGGCACCACCAUCACCAAAUCAGGGGCGUCUUACGCAUACAUCCUGGAGUCCUUCGGUGGCUUCAUUGCAUUCAUUCGUCUGUGGACGUCGUUGCUGAUUAUUGAGCCCACCAGCCAGGCGGUCAUUGCCAUCACAUUUGCAAACUACCUGGUGCAGCCGCUCUUUCCAACAUGUGAACCACCGUAUGUAGCAUCCAGGCUCAUCGCUGCAGCGUGUAUAUGCUUACUGACAUUCAUCAACUCUGCCUACGUAAAGUGGGGCACCCGCGUGCAGGACAUUUUCACCUACGCCAAGGUGGCGGCCCUCAUCGUCAUCAUCAUCACUGGCAUCGUCAAGCUGUGCCAGGGUUACACAGCCAACUUUGAAUCAGCCUUUCAGGGAUCGUCUACGGAUCCCGGUGACAUCGCGCUGGCGCUCUACUCUGCCCUCUUCUCCUAUUCCGGCUGGGACACCCUCAACUUUGUUACAGAGGAGAUCAAAAACCCUGAAAGGAACCUGCCUCUGGCCAUCGCCAUCUCUAUGCCAAUUGUCACCAUCAUCUACAUCCUCACCAAUGUGGCCUACUACGCUGUUCUGGAUGUUAGUGCUAUACUGGCCAGUGACGCAGUGGCAGUGACAUUUGCAGAUCACACACUCGGUGUGAUGGGCUGGACCAUCCCCAUUGCUGUAGCUCUGUCCUGCUAUGGAGGCCUCAACGCCUCCAUUAUAGCUGCAUCCAGGUUGUUCUUUGUGGGAUCUCGUGAGGGACACCUUCCAGACGCUCUGUCCAUGAUCCACAUACAGAGAUUCACCCCAAUCCCUGCUCUCAUCUUCAAUUGUAUCAUGUCACUCAUCUACCUGACAGUGGAGGACGUCUUCCAACUCAUCAACUACUACAGCUUUAGCUACUGGUUCUUCAUGGGUCUAUCAAUCGCCGGGCAGAUCUACCUCCGCUGGAAAGAGCCCGACAGACCCAGACCUCUCAAGUUGACCUUAGUGUACCCGGUGGUGUUCUGUCUGUGUACGGUUUUCCUGGUGGCGGUUCCUCUCUACAGCGACACUGUCAACUCUUUGAUCGGCAUCGGCAUUGCCCUGUCAGGGGUUCCCGUCUACUUCCUGGGUGUCCAUCUACCAGAGUCCAAACGACCGCCUAGCAUCACCAAGCUGCUGCGUUCUCUGACUCACUGCACCCAGUACACCUGCUACUGUGUACUGACGGAGCUGGACAAAAGUGAAUAGCGUCCUGUAGACCUCAACAGCAGUCUCUGCGUCCUCACGGCUGACAGCCACCAGGGGAUCCUUCUGUGUGGGGGGGAAAAAAGAGGAUUUAUAACACUUUUCUUAUACUACUACAUUUUGAAGCACUCAGACUGACGUGUUUUACGACACUGAAAAUGCUGCCUCACGUUCACUUGCACAGUUAUCCUGAAGUUCAAGGACGAUCGAGGACUUCAGCCCGUAAGGAUAGACAGCUGCUGGUAUAAUGAGAGCUGUGGUAAUGGUUUCAUUUCUCCAUCACAUGAUUUAGUGACCUUUGGCCUGGUUAGGUCUACAGGUAACUGUAUGGAUGCCUACAGAAUGUGCCUGUGACAUUUUAUGAAUGAAAAGAAUAUCGGGAAGGGAAGGAUUUGUUGUUUUUUUUUGUCUGCUGCUAUGUGAAGAGGUGGAGUCAUCAUUCUAAUGGCGUUGCCUUUAUGUACUCGUGGUGCCACUGACUUACAUUUUAACUUUCAUUACUAUGUUGAAAUAGAACAUUGUUUUGUUUUUUGGUGUAUUAAAUGACUUUUGGGAAUGUUUGGCUGAGUGGUGAACUGAAUCCACUCAGUGUUCACCAUGCUAUAUCCAAGACAGAUGUUAAGACUUUAGGUGUCCAUUGUAAUGCACCAUCUUUAUGUCCAGCUGUUUAACAUUUGCACACAUGGUCUCAAGUAAACUAUGCCUCAGACAUACUCUAUCUCAGAAUCCCUGUGAGGAGUGGCUUAAAUUAGAAGAGUCCACUUAAUCCAGAGGUUAUUCAUGGAGCCACUUAUUCUCCCUUAGCAGGAAGAUGUCAGCUGUGAGCCUGAGAUGCUAAGAGUGCAUGAAAGCUCCGUUUUCAACACUGUGAUAUAAUACCAUGCAGUUAUUUCCAAUAGUACUGUUUAAAUCCAUGAAUCCUGUACGUUUAGAAAUAGAUACAAUUUGAUGUAGAAAAAGAAAAUGCAAUGUAUUGUUUGUCUGAUACAGUAAAUGUGCACAGGACUUAAGAGCUUAUUCACGUUAACCUGGGCACCUCUUGGUUUCACUGAGGGCUUCACCUUGUGCCAUUAAUUAGAUCAUACUUUGGCACUGGUCCACUGCUGGUCCAGUGGUGCAUCAUACACACAUACACACACACACAGACACACACGAGGCCAUGAGGUGCAUUCUUAACUAAAAUGUAUUUAACCUUUUUUUUUUUUUUUUUUAAAUCAUGUAUAAUGAGGAAACUGAUGUGCAGUAAUGCAGCCACAAUUCCAAAUCAUCGUGGUUUGUUGAAUGAAGCAUGAAAUUAAAGACAACUUGUUUUGUGCA